AAACAAUACAUUAAACGCGAAAAUGUAUGUUAAAUAUCUCUCUCGAAUAAUAACAACCAAUUAAUAAGCCAACUUAUCAAUAGGUCACGCUUGAAAAUCGCUCUAACGCUUUCCGUCAUUUCGAAUAUGAAGCGAAAUAUUCAACAGGCUUUUCUUUGUUUUCUACGCGCAUGCGCGUCGUCUCGGAAAAUUUUCAGCCAGUUCGAGCAAGCAGUCCGCAUCUAUGACCGCAGCAAAGAGGUCCGAACUCUUUGGCGCGAAAAGUUCUCGGGAAAUCGAACUAAGUUGUGUAAACAGUUGAAACAAACAACGAGAUGGAUUAUUCUACACAGUUCAUGAUGUUGGUUUUCUUUUCAAAAUGCGUAGCCGUGAACAUAAAGAGGCUGGAGGUCCCCGGCCAGGUGGAGGCGGGCACGGGGGCCAUCGUGCUGGACUGCGAGUACAGCCUGGGAGAGGUCUCCAGCAACAGCGGGCUGGUCGUCAAGUGGUUCUUCAACCAGCGCAACCUGGUCUACCAGUGGAUCCCGCCGCUGCGCCCGCAGGUCAUCGGCAUACUGAAGGGGAAGGUGGAUAAGGAUUUUAAGAUUUCUGAGGACCCCCUCCAGGCGUACCGCGCGGUGCGCAUCGUGCGUCCCUCCACGGACCUCAGCGGCAACUACACCUGCGCGGUGUCCACCUUCAUGCACGAGGACCGGCGGACCAGACACAUGCUGGUUUAUAGUCCAGGAAAGAGUUUUCAUUUUAUACAAGAGAAAAAAUACGUGUUCCUAGUAACGCUGAAAUGUGUUGCGGAAGAAUUGUACCCGAAGCCCGAAAUGUCAAUUAUUUCGCAAGGGGAGCCUCUCAAGCAGACGGUGACGGAGGUGGUGAUGAACUCGUGGGGGCUAUACAGGGUGUCCGCGGCGGCGGUGGUGCACGACGACGACGUGGCGGCGCCGGCCGAGCAGUUCGUGUGCGAGCUGCGCCUGCCGCCCUCCGACCUCGUGCAGAACCGGACCACCCUGUAUCAUCGGGGUCUAAUGCCUACCUCACAAAUUAUAGGAGGAGAGCCGCUAGAAAAAGCUCAAGAGAGACAUUCCAACGGUGGCCAGACGGAGGAAAAGCCUUUCAGCCUUUGUAUAUUUAUAGUUAUAGUGUCAGUGUAUAUCUAUAAUAACGCGUAAAUUAUCUUUAGAUAGCCGUAAAACAAUAAUAGCUCCCUUGUGAAUCGCUCAGCCAAAAUUACUAAUAUCGUUGUGAAAUGUUCUUUAUUCUCUGUAAUGUUAAUGAUUGUUUUUUUACACAUACUUAAUUAUAUGACUGUAAUCCUCGAAGGGAUAGUCAAAGGAGACUCGCAAGCGAGCCACCCGCUUUUCGCUGUACAUUGGCACUCACGUGAUAGGUGAUAAUGAUAAUCGAACGCGAGCCGUAUCGAGUCGUUUUUUGAAUCUAGAAAUUAGAUGUGCAGGUUUCCUCACGAUGUUUUCCUUCACUGUAAGAGUACGUGGUACUUAAAUUGCUUAUUUUUAAACAAUUCAAAAAGAAUUAUUGGUCCAUGGCUGGAUUCGA